CAACAAUAUUGCUUUUGUCAGUUGACCAAACGUAAUCACUUAAAGGCUUUCUCAGUUUGUCGCAUUCGUCUUUCCGACGACAAGUUGGAAGCAGCGUUUUAGCCUCAUAUAAACGUAAUCGCAUUUUACCAAUUUCGCCACUUCGGCCACCCAUAGCCACCUAAUUUCUUAUUUUUCUCGCUCACCGUUUCUCUCGAUCAAUAAAAAGCCUUCAGAUUUGUCGGAGAGCGAGCGAUCGAUCAGAUUGUUGAGAUUUGGUGCUUCGCGCAGCGAGAGAGUUGAGAAUGCCGAAGAAGACGUUCUUAGUGGAGGUGGAGAAGGCCAAGGAGGCCAGGGACGGGAGGCCGUCGGCCGGACCAGUUUACCGGAGUGUUUUCGCGAAGGAUGGGUUUCCGAAGCCGAUUGAAGGAAUGGACAGUUGCUGGGAUGUGUUCCGUAUGACUGUGGAGAGAUGUCCUGGGAAUCCGAUGCUUGGUCGUCGUGAAAUUGUGAAUGGGAAGCCUGGUAAAUAUGUGUGGCAAACUUAUAAAGAAGUAUAUGACUUGGUGAUUAAAGUGGGAAAUGCAAUGCGAAGUUGUGGUUUUGGGGAAGGAGCAAAAUGUGGUAUUUAUGGUGCCAAUUGCCCAGAGUGGAUAAUAAGCAUGCAGGCCUGCAAUGCUCAUGCGAUCUAUUGUGUUCCUUUAUAUGACACUUUAGGUGCUGGUGCUAUUGAAUUUGUUAUAAACCAUGCAGAGGUUUCAAUUGCUUUUGCUGAAGAGAAAAAAGUUCCUGAGGUGUUGAAAACAUUUCCUAACACAGCAAAGUACCUCAAAACACUUGUGAGCUUUGGCAAGGUUACACCUGAACAAAGGGAGGAAGUUGAGAAAUUUGGAUUGACAAUAUAUUCAUGGGAUGAGUUUUUGCAACUGGGUGAUGGUAAACAAUUUGAUCUUCCAGUGAAAAAGAAAAGUGAUGUGUGUACUAUAAUGUAUACCAGUGGAACCACUGGUGAUCCCAAGGGUGUAAUGAUAUCCAAUGAUAGCAUUAUUGAUCUUUUAGCUGGGGUGAAAUGCCUGCUAGAGAGUGUUAACGAAACGUUGGAAGAGAAGGAUGUAUAUCUUUCAUAUCUUCCUCUUGCGCACAUCUUUGAUCGAGUAAUUGAGGAGCUAUUUAUUUUAUGUGGUGCCUCAAUAGGGUUCUGGCGUGGGGAUGUCAAACUAUUGCUUGAGGACAUUGCGGAGCUAAAACCAACUAUUUUCUGUGCUGUCCCCCGUGUAUUAGAUAGAAUUUACUCAGGUUUGAAUCAGAAGAUUUCCUCCGGAGGCUUCUUGAAAAAGACGGUGUUCAAUUUUGCAUACUCAUACAAGUUGCAUAACAUGCGGAAGGGGAGUAAACAUGAAGAGGCAUCUCAAAUUUGUGAUAAAAUCGUCUUUAGUCAGGUGAAGCAAGGGUUGGGGGGUAGGGUACGCCUUAUUUUGUCUGGAGCAGCACCUCUUUCCACUCAUGUAGAAGAAUUCCUACGAGUGGUGGCAUGUGCUCAUGUUAUACAAGGAUAUGGUCUGACCGAAACUUGUGCGGGGACAUUCGUCUCGCUACCAAAUGAACUGUCAAUGCUUGGUACAGUUGGCCCUCCGGUGCCCAAUGUGGAUGUCUGCCUAGAAUCUGUUCCUGAAAUGGGAUAUGAUGCCGUUUCAAAAACACCCCGGGGAGAAGUAUGUAUAAGAGGAAAGACAUUGUUUUCAGGGUACUACAAACGAGAAGACCUCACCAAAGAGGUCAUGAUUGAUGGGUGGUUUCAUACAGGGGACGUUGGUGAGUGGCAACCAGAUGGAAGCUUGAAAAUCAUUGACCGAAAGAAGAAUAUAUUCAAGCUUUCUCAAGGAGAAUAUGUUGCUGUUGAAAACUUGGAGAACAUUUAUUCUCUUGUAACUGCUAUAGAUUCGAUAUGGGUCUAUGGAAACAGCUUCGAGUCCUUCCUUGUCGCUGUUGUGAACCCGAACAAGCAAGCACUUGAGCGUUGGGCUGAAGAAAACGGUGUCACUGGGGAUUUCAAUUCUCUCUGUGAAAAUCCUAGGGCAAAGGAGUACAUCAUUGGGGAGCUCGCAAAGAUUGCUAAAGAAAAGAAGUUGAAAGGUUUUGAGUUUAUUAAAGCUAUUCACUUUGAUCCUGAGCCAUUUGACAUAGAACGUGACCUUAUCACUCCAACCUAUAAGAAGAAGAGGCCCCAGUUGCUUAAAUAUUAUCAGAAUGUGAUUGACAAAAUGUACAAGAGCGCAAACAAGCGCUGAGCGUGAUUGGAAUUUACUUGUGGAGCUUUAGUUUUCCGCCUACCCAUUUUAUUCUCGACUGUAUAUUCGCUUACACAUAAACCAGCUGAUUUAUUUAAAUUGAAGUUUCUAUUCGCCGUUUCUUUAAGGGGGGUGACUUAGACGAAGACAAACAUGCUCGUGUAUCUUUUAUAGUUUCUUAUACCAAUUACAUCUUUCUUGAUA